AAGUUUUCUUGUUUUCGCUUUGGUUUUCAACAUUACGCUCGUCACCUGAUUUUCUGUUAACUUUUUAUAUUCUCAGCAGGGGUUAAGUUUGAUCGAUAACGUUGAAGAAAGUCAACUUGUCGGCAGGUUGUGAAUCUGUUUGAUGUGUUCGUGCUGUUUAAUCGUGUGUCGGUUCACUGUCAGAUUUGAUCGUGUCGAUUAAUCGUGGUCGAUAAACUGGCUGCCGGUAGAGAAACUAACUCAACCAGGCACCAUUAUCCAACCUAGAGCACUGCUUUUAAAUGCGGGAGUUGUCUUCAUGUUAUCUCUCAUCAUCUAGCCAGACAGUUGAGUUGUCUAGCUUUGUUUGGCAUUAGUCUAAAGUCGCUUCCGUUUUGUUUGGGUCGCUGUAAUGGUGAGUUGUGAACAAAAGCUUAACUUAAACGAGUCGAUUAAAACGGCGAAAUAUCUGUCAGAUGACACUCUAUUCUAGCCGGAAAAAGCAGUUUUCAAAGGAUGAUUGCUGCAUCUGGUGAAAAGAAGACUCGUCUCUUAGAGAUGUAUCAUACCAGCCUGGAACGUCAGAUCCAGCGAGGGAACUGGAGUCCAGUGUGCCGAGAUGAGGAGCUGUAUAAGGAGACAGAGGGACUUCUGUCCAAAGGCAGUUGCCAUGAUACCCACUCUGCAGUUGGGUUCGACCCACUGUCAGUGAUGGAAGCCUCACUCCAAGCUCAGCUGUUCACCUCAGGGCAAACUGGACUGGGAAGGCUGGCUAAGGCCUUUGAGGUGUUGGAGCUUGCAGCAUUGAACCUCUACCUUUGUCCCUGGCGGAAGGAGUACAGGGUUGUGAAGAUGUUUUCAGGCAUGUUCACACACUAUGUCAAACCUGCUCUGACGCCACUGCAAGUCGAAGAGCUGUUUGGGUUGCUGGGAUAUGUGCCGGGCGGUGCUGGCGACGAGGAGCAGCUGAGGUUGAGGUCCAGGCCGGUUCCUGCGGAUGCUCUCCUGACGCUGGCCCAUGCGUUCUUCACCGCACGUGUGGAAUGCAGCCUGCAGCUCUGUGCCUUGGCUCCUGUGUCCCACGGUGUGCAACAAGAGCUCCAGCUGGUCCAAGAGAGGCUGCAAGGCCACAGCCUGAAGGUGGCGCUAGAGAGGACGAGGAGAAUGGUAAAGUCCACACCCCAGAACUCCAACCGUGAUCUGUCAGAGCUAGACAUGUACACGGAUCAAAGUCCGGCGUCCGGGUGGCAGACGGAGAGUGAUCACAUGGCCGCACCACCCAACUAUGCUUACAUUCCACCUGAAGAAACUCUUCCACCCAGAGCGUCCCACGGUAGCAGUUCUCAGUCAGAGAGAGUGAGUGAGGAAAACACUGGCAAAGCACAGACCGUCUGUGUCUCAACAGCGACUUAUCAGAUGAGCCCAAAGACUCGCCUCUCUCCCACACAGAGGACGGUGUCAAGCCAGAAGCCUACGACGACGUCGGAAAAUAAAAAUCAAGUCGUUGCAGUAGGUUCCCAAAUAAAUGAGUCAAGAGUAGGGCAACGGGCGUGCAGCUGUUUUAAACCAGCCGACAUGUAUGCUCAUCAGUGCAUCCAGUGCAGAGAAGUUCAUAGUGUGGAUUGUUCUCGAUUUACGAUCUGCAAAGAGCAAGGCCAUGAUCUACAGCGUGUGCAGCCGCAUGGAGCAGAGAGGCUCACGUCAGACAGCAGCCAGAGCUGGGAAAGUCCCCAAAAAGAUGUUCUGAAGACACACAGCUGCAUGAACGACUCCCAGGCCGACUUCUUCGUAGUGUGCCACAACUGUCACGACAUUCACGACUUCAGGUGCGAGGAUUUCAAGAGGUGUCAAGGUCUGUCGCACUAUGUGCAGGUCACCGGAAAGUUGCGGACACCUCAGGGGGAAAGAAGAAUGACUACAUCUCCAGAGAGACACUCGUGUCUUUCUACGGAAAGUCCAGAUUUUGUAGUCUGCCAUACCUGUAACAAAUCUCACGACUACCUAUGUGGAGACACGCUGGUCUGUCUGAAAUCCAAUCAUGCUGUGAAAUACCAGGUGGAAGUGACCCAAGGUGAACCCUACACCCCACCCGUGCCCAUGGCUUUACACGAGUGCUGUGUCUCCACAAAGCCUGACUUCGCUUGCCUUACUUGCAAGGCCUUCCACGCUCCUCCUUGCGACGAGCAGUGUCUUAAAAAAACCCAUAAAAUCCAGAAGCUCUUGCACGUUUGCAUCACAUGCACAGACGCUGACCCAUACACCCUGUGCAGGUACUGCUGUGGCCAGUACUGCAAGCCCUGCUGGUUUAAGAGCCCCGUGACCUGCAAGUGUGGUAUGCUGUUUGAGUCCUCCUCUGUCUGAAAGGAGCUCAGCGCUAAUGCUCACGUGUGGCUUUCAUACGCACUCAUUGUGAGGAAGUAAAUAAAAAGACAUAAUACACAUUCA